CCCCUUUUCUUCUUUGUUCCCUCUCAUGAAUCACUCUGCCAAAGAGUUUUUGGCCUAAAUUCAUACACACAAAUGUCUAUUUCUUCAUAAAGCUUAUUCCUUUACAUAUUUGAUCCAGAUCUACAGCUACAAAUUUCAGGGUAAAUGGGUCUAGAAAAGGUGUUGAAAUGUUUAAGUAACAGCUUUUCUCGAUUCAUUCAUCUGGUCACAUUUGGUGUAACGAAGGACUUGCCAUAUCAGCAGGAGUACAAACACGUUGCUAAUUCGUUAAAGCUUUUUAAACGAAUACUUGAUAAUAUUGAUGCUUCCCAAAUACACUCGGAUGAAAUCUUGUGCAAGGAGUUUGAAGAACUUGAUGCAACUGUAAAUGAAGCUCGAGAGUUCAUUGAGAAUUGGGGUUCUCACAUGAGCAAAAUAUAUGGGGUUGUACAGAGUAGACAUCUUAUCGUUAUAAUUCAAAGCUAUUCAAUCAAGAUUUGUGAAACAGUAUACAGGUCAUUGGAGUCCUCGGCAACAUCAUCAUCGUCAUCUUCAUCAGCCUCUACUUCGACGUUGGCAGAUAUUCAGCAUUUUAUGGAGGAAUUUAAGAGUUUGAAGUUGGAAACAGCAGCAGAGAAGUUAGACGGAGCUCUAAAACGCAUAAGAGAAGGAAAAGUUCCUCCACUAGAUCAUCUCAUAGAUAUCAUGGAACUAUUUCAGUUAUCAUCAAGCCAUGAACUGCUAAAGGAAAGCAUUGCAGUUGAAAAGGAGAACAUCAAAGCCAACCAACUGGAUCACCAAAUUAAUCAUAUAGCUGAUCUUUUGUUUCACAUAAGGGAAACCAUGGUGAAUCGUGAAAGCUUUAAAGCCAUUAAUGGUGUUUCAGUCCCUUCAUAUUUCAUCUGCCCGUUGUCACUGCAACUCAUGUUUGAUCCAGUGAUUGUGGCAUCUGGUCAAACAUACGAACGGGAUUCGAUCCAAAAAUGGCUUAAUCAUGGACUCACAAGAUGCCCUGGAACCCGUCAAACCCUAUCCCACACGAACUUAAUCCCAAAUUAUACAGUCAAAGCUCUGAUAGCAAAUUGGUGUGAUGAAAACCAUAUAGAAGUUAACAGGACCGUUGAGCGUCCUGAUAUAGCGGUAAAUUCAAGGUCAUCGGUUGAAGUUGAAAAUGGGUUUGACCGGCUGAGCCUUCAAAAGUCAAACCAUCAGUCGCCUGAGGAAUCAUGUAGUCAUAGCAGGAGUGAAUCGACAUCAACAGCUGUUUCUAGUUCUGAACAUUUAUGUGAAUAUUCUGGAGAAUUGGUUUCUGAUUCCGUAGUUUCACCAUGGCUGACCGGAAAGCAAUUCCACAGCUCUAAUCAUAUGGACGAAAUGGUUAAUGAUGGUGGAAAUCGUAACUAUCCAAGAACUGUUUCCCUUCCACCGGACUCUUCACCGAAUGAUUUAACGACAUUUUCACACGUCAAACAGCUUGUAAAUGAUCUCAAGUCUCCCUCGAAUGAAACUCAAACAAAAUCAGCAGAAGAAUUACGGUUUCUUGCUAAAAAUAAUAUGGAAAAUCGAAUUUUAAUAGGACAGUCUGGAGCUAUUCGACCUCUCCUAUCCUUAUUACAUUCCAAUGUAAAGCUGACUCAAGAACAUGCGGUUACUGCUCUUUUAAAUCUGUCAAUAAACGGAAACAUAAAGUCAAUGAUUGCCGAAGCAGGUGCUGUAGAGCCAUUGAUCCAUGUAUUGGAAACGGGAAACACAUGUGCUAAAGAGAAUGCUGCAGCAGCAUUAUUCAGCCUUUCAUUAUUAGAGGAAUACCGAGUCAAGAUUGGUCAGUCUGGUGCAAUCAAACCAUUGGUUGACCUUUUGGGAUCAGGUACCCUUAGAGGGAAAAAAGAUGCAGCAACUGCUUUGUUUAAUUUAUCAAUAUUUCAUGAGAAUAAAGCUCGUAUAAUACAAGCGGGGGCAGUCAAGUAUCUUGUGGAGUUGAUGGACCCUGAUACACAAAUGGUUGAUAAAUCUGUUGCUCUUCUUUCUAAUCUUUCUAGUAUAUCUGAGGGGUGUUUGGCGAUUGCCAGAGAAGGUGGGAUACCUUUGUUGGUGGAGGUUGUGGAAACGGGGUCUCAAAGGGGAAAAGAGAAUGCUGCUUCUAUACUUCUUCAACUUUGUCUUUGUAGUCCUAAAUAUUGUCGGUUGGUUCUUCAAGAAGGUGCGGUCCCGCCUCUAGUCGCACUCUCCCAGUCAGGAACGUCACGAGCCAAAGAGAAGGCACAACAACUUUUGAGUCAUUUUCGCAGCCAACGUGAAAAUGCUGCUGGUAGAGGCAAAUCUUGAGAAGCGAAAGAUAUUUCUUCCUCAUAAGCUUAUUCAGAAAUACCCAAUCACACGUUUCCAUAACAUGUAAUGAAUAUGUUGAAGAAAUUUUCAUUUCUUCUUCAAUUUCCCUCAGUAGUGUUCUCUCAUCAAGUUAUUUGAAAAGUUCCAAACUUUGUUACUAAAAGACUGAAAUGGUGGUGCCGGAGACAUAAAAGUGCAGGUUAGAUCAGUAUCAGGGUGUUUCUAGCUAAGGAGUGAUUCUUUUUGUUAUUACUUUUUCUUUCUGGAUUCUUGUAUUAUUUUUUAAAGCUUGUAAAGAGAAUGGACUUAGGAAAACUUACGAAUCUAUGAUUUGAAUUGAAUGAUUCGAUUCACGGAGAGCAAUGUAAUAUGUUAUGUUAUUCAGUUCUCAUAUUGAAUAGUGCUUUUACCCA